AUGGAGCCGGUGAGUAGGGCCUGCGCAUCAGCAGGGGGUUGUCGGGUGAUAGCGUUUGAUCGCCCACCCUUUGGACUGACAGAGAGGCCACUGUCAUGGGAAGGAGGGGACGCACAGAGCCCUUACAGCACGCAGGGUGGCGCCAGGCUGGCAGCAGGGCUUUUAGAGAAGCUUGGCGUACAGCAGGCAGUGGUCGUGGGGCACUCUGCCGGAGGCGCAACUGCUCUGGAGCUGUAUAGAAGGGCGCCUGAGAAGGUGGCAGGCUUGGUGCUGGUGGCUCCGGCGGUGCCCACCAACAACCCAGAAAACAGCUGGUCUCGGCGCGGCGGCCUUGGACGCCAAAUCAGGCUCGCCGCCAUGCGUGCAAUCCUGCAGAUGGAUGGGCCUGGCUUGCACUAUAUCAGGAGGAGCUACAGGAAGCAGGCCGCCUCUGUGGCGCAGGGAAAUUUGAAGAUGCUCACCCGGCAAAGCCCAGAGGCUGUGCAGGAUGCCAUAGACGGCUAUCUGAAGCCCAUGCGCAGCCACAACUGGGACAGGGGGGCUCUGCUGAGCAUGCGUACCAUGAGCUUCCCCAGCAGCUUCCCCUAUGACACCAUCACUGUCCCUGUCCACAUCAUCAUUGGCGAGGAUGACACAUUUCUGCUGAAGACUGCCAAGGAGGUCAACGCCUUGCUGGAGCAGCGGCAGCAGGGAGGCACACAGAUGACAGUCUAUCCAGUCUGUGGCCAUGUGCCUAUGGAUGAGUGCCCUGUGCAAUUUCAGCAAGACCUGAUCGCCUUUGUGGAACGUAUGUAUGCAGAGCAGGAUUGCAGACCUGAGCAGAAAGCGGUGCAACUGGCAAGUGUAAUGUGAUGAUGCCAAG